AUGCUUGAGCCUGUAGAUGAGCCCGAAUACGGCCAUUCCAACAGAAUCGUCCACUUGGCCUACACUAAUCACUACGCAGUGGCUCAAUUCCGCAAGGCAGAAAUUAAAUUUAACGCAUUUCUGCUGGAAGCAUUAGCUCGAGGUUCUGGACCCGCAGAACCGUUGCAAGAAGGCAAGCUGAGUGUGGAACUGGACAGCGACGCGAUCUACCUACCUCAAACUCUCUUAGAGGUCAAAAGAAUGAGAAGUGAAACCGAUGACUACAACUUCGAAGUAUUUGGUGACCUGGUCGGAAAAGACGUCUCUGGAGGAAAACUCUUUCUAAACGGCGAUCCAUUCCGCAUUAAGUUCACUAUGGCGGGCAAGUCACAACAGACAGCUUUUGAAUUAGAAAUACAGGAUCUUGAGAAAUUCACAAUAACGGCCACUAUGGACUCGAUGCACAGCCUUUACGGCUCUGGCACGGUGAUCGUAACCAAUUGUGCGGUAAGAACCUGCAUGAUAACUGCGGAUCUGGAACUGCAGGGUGGCAGUGAAGUUGUGACAAUUCUUUUGGACAACAAGCUGAAUUUAAAUAGCCCCGGAGAGCCACAUUCCAUCACAUUUGUGGGCAGUGGAAACAUGAAAACCGGUGGUACUAUUUCCCAUAAAUACAGCGCCAAUUUUGAGCAAAAGCAGGAUGUCACAGAAGAUGCGCGUGUAUCCGACUUGGAUAUAGCAUACUCGGCAAAUUCCGAGGAGGCCACGCUCAAGAUGCGCCUCAUAAAGGGAGAUUCUAGAGCAAAAUUAUCAACAAACUAUUCCAGGGGUGACAUGAAAUUGACGACUUCACAAGAAUUCGUCUGUAAAACUGGCCAAUAUCUGAUAGCCAGCAGCCUAGAUUUGCAAUCUUACCUACAUUUUUUCAAACUGCUCAUACAUUCCGUAAAGAUUUCGCUAGAUUCUAAGGCUUUUCACGGAGGCAUUUCAUUUUUCCGCAUAUUUUCAUUUAUGUCGCAUUAUGAUAGACAAACAAAAGUGAGCACAGUUUCUUGGAAUCGGAUUGUAGAAGAAGAAGUAAAGUCAAAUUACACUCUUGAGUCAAAUAUCGGUAAAGUGCUUGCUUACAGCCUGGGUCGCGAUGAUAGCCUCUUUCCCCCUGGUUUCCGUUACUAUCUUUCGGCUGGAACAAAUAAGUUUGAGUUGUCACGUGAAAACGCGCCCAUGUCACAAAAAUACAAAUAUUUGAUCUUAUGGGACAAGGAGUCGUCAACUUCAACCCUCCGUUUGGCUGGUCACCUAAUCAUGCCUGAGAAUGGAGAUGAAUCUGAGCCUAUUGGUUUUCAAUUGGAAACAAACAUGUGUGCAGAUGAGAAACCUGGAUUGAUGCAAUUAAAUUUUAGCUCACUUUCAGGAUGGCGACAGAGCGGCCAUCUUAUAGCUGAAGUGACUGGCGAUUGCGUUAAGAACCUUUUAAAGCAGACAAGAGAUGAGCCAUAUUUAGGUUCCAGUGAUAGAGCUUACAGAACCAAGCUAUAUGGAGAGCUAACCUACAAUAUGCCAGGGGUAGGAGGCGCGGAGCUGGAUUUUCUGGGCAUAAUGAAUGAGCGAAAGUUGAUAUCAAGAGCCCUGUACCGUUCCAUCCAAUCCGGUGUCAAAGUUCAGCAUGACAUCUUACUUCAAGAGGAAGAUUCCGGGAAGGUUAGGUGGAGUACCAACGCUUCCUGUGUAUUCAAUCGUCUUCUGAAACUGAGUGAACCUUGUGAGAUUCUAUACAUGGCAGAUGGCAACUCUCGUGAGGGCCGCUUUGGCCUAAGUUCUCCAGGGCCACGCGAAUUUGAGGUAGAGGCCAGUUGGAAUAGGAAAAAGGGUGAAACUUUUAAAUAUGAGCACAUAGUCAAAGAUGAAGGCGACCUUCAGAUAAAGCUGACCACACCUUUCCGAGCAAUGCAAGUCGAUGUGAAGCCCCUUCGGAAGGAAAUCGACGAUCAUAAUCGCACAGUGACAUUUGGAAUUUCAAUGAUAGUGAACGGUAGAAAUGCUAAUUCCAAUGCUAAAAGGGCUUUCACUUGGGCAAUGGAAGUUUUCUUCUAUUCAAGCUACAAAAUGAUGGAGGCCGGGCUUCAAAUUGAGACCUCGAUAGUAAAACCAGUAAGUGGACCCUUCAAAAGCAAUUAUACAUGCAGUACAUAUGGUUUGAUGGAGUAA